AUGUAUGUUAUUCAUUUGGCAGAAGCUGAUGAAAGUAAUGGAAGCAUUUCCUCUGAAGAGGACCUGGGCCACCUGGAUUAUUCUAAGACGUUUUCUGUCAAACAAACUGUGCCAAAGAAAAGCAUCAGUCAGAUCAUCAAGGACAAGAAGAAACAGACUCAACUUACUUUACAAUGGCUCGAGGAAAAUUACAUAGUUUGCGAAGGUGUUUGCCUACCACGGUGCAUCCUCUAUGCUCAUUAUUUAGACUUUUGUCGGAAGGAGAAAUUGGAUCCUGCUUGUGCUGCCACUUUUGGGAAGACCAUAAGGCAGAAAUUUCCUUUGCUUACAACACGAAGGCUUGGAACCAGAGGCCAUUCGAAGUAUCAUUAUUAUGGUAUUGGAAUCAAGGAGAGCAGUGCGUAUUAUCACUCUGUGUACUCUGGAAAAGGUUUGACACGAUUCUCCGGAAGCAAGCUAAAAAAUGAGGGAGGAUUCACCAGAAAAUACUCUCUUAGUUCUAAAACAGGAACUCUUUUACCUGAAUUCCCGAGUGCACAGCAUUUAGUGCUUCAGGAGUCUGUUUCAAAAGAUAAGGUCGACACAUUGAUUAUGAUGUACAAAACCCACUGUCAGUGCAUUCUGGACAAUGCCAUUAAUGUCAACUUUGAGGAGAUCCAGAACUUUCUACUUCACUUCUGGCAAGGAAUGCCUGAACAUCUCCUGCCACUGCUAGAGAAUCCGGUUAUCGUGGACAUCUUCUGUGUGUGUGACUCUAUACUCUACAAAGUUUUGACUGAGGUUCUCAUCCCUGCUACAAUGCAGGAUAUGCCAGAGAGUCUUUUGGCAGAUAUUCGAAAUUUUGCCAAGCACUGGGAACACUGGAUGGUGUCUUCCUUGGAGAAUCUUCCAGAAAUCCUCUCAGAAAAGAAACUGCCGAUAGCGCGACGAUUUGUGUCUUCCUUAAAGAGACAGACCUCCUUUUUACAUCUUGCACAGAUUGCAAGACCUGCACUUUUUGACCAGAAUGUAGUGACUUCUAUGGUGAAUGAUAUUGAUAAGGUGGAUCUGAACAGUAUUGGUUCUCAAGCACUCCUUUCAGUUACAAAUGACCAAGAUUCAGACUUCUACUCUGAAUAUGACUCAAUUUCAGUCUUUCAAGAGUUGAAAGACCUGCUGAGGAAAAACGCCACAGUAGAGUCUUUCAUUGAAUGGCUGGACUCGGUGGUCGAGCAGAAAGUUAUCAAGCCCAGCAAACAAAAUGGUCGGUCAGUGAAGAAGCGAGCUCAAGAUUUCCUUCUGAAGUGGAGUUUUUUUGGAGCACGAGUGAUGCACAAUCUCACCCUAAACAACGCUAGUAGCUUUGGCUCGUUCCAUCUCAUUCGGAUGCUUUUGGAUGAGUACAUCCUGCUAGCCAUUGAAACACAAUUCAACAACGACAAAGAGCAAGACCUUCAGAAUCUACUGGAGAAAUACAUGAGGAGUGCAGAUGCUAGUAAAGCUACUUUUACCGCCUCCCCAAGUUCCUGUUUCUUGGCCAAUCGGAAAAAAUGCGGUGUGGCGUCCAGUGAUUCGACUGUCAAGGACGAGAACCCACCAGAACAUGACUUCCUGGUGCUCACAGCUGCACAGCAGGGGCUCGGGACCAGUACGGUUGUGUACCAUAGUGCCGAUCCGGACAACUUUACUAUAUCUGGUCAAAUGGAUUACUCGCAGAACAGCGCCACCCUGAUGACCCCUCCGGUCUCUCCUGCCAUGAUCAACCGUAGCAGUGUGAUCAACCAGGGCGCGAUGGCUGUGAGGCCGCAGAGCAGCUGCCCCAUCCAGCCCCAAGUGUCCUGCCAGACCUUCUCCGACAGCAUGUACCAGAGUCUGCACAAUGCUAGUUCCGGCUCCUAUCCCAGCUCUUCUUACUACCAGCCUGUGUUCAGAGCUCAGACUCCCACUCCAACAUCAGCCUAUCAGGCUCGUGCUGAAAGCGCCCGCUACGCACCCUUCUCUGGACACCAGCUGACCAAAGACUGCUUCAGCAGCAGCUGCGCCGUGUCUCCCUACAGCUCGAGGGUUGCAGCGACUGGAUACGCAGCCUCAGGUGACCCUGUGAUGGAUACCGAGGGCGUACAGCUGCUGGACUCCACAGCGUACAGCUUUGGAGGAAGUGCUGCCAGUGGAGAUGGAUGUUCAGGUCCAGUUUGCAGCUCGGGGCACAAUGGAUAUUACAGCAGCAGCGGGUAUGUGGACACUCAGAGGAUGGGCACGCUUAUCGAUCAGCAUGUGUCAGUUAUCAGCAGCGUGAGCAGCAUUCGCUCCGUUUCGGCCUAUGCUGAAGUACACGACCCUCUCAACAUCCUGGACGACACGAGCAGGAAGACGACAAGACCCUACUACACUGACCUGUCCGCAAUGGGCGCACACACAGCAGGAUCCAGCAUCGCUCAUUCCUGCUCCGUCUCGACACCCUGCAUGUAUGGAACUCCUGCUCCGUAUCACUCCCAGAAUGCACUGCUGCCUCUCCAGGGGACCACAGAGAUCAGAGAAAUGGUGUCGUGUCUGCCCCCCAUUAACACUGUGUUCAUGGGGUCAACUGGAGGGCCGUCCUGACUGAAAG